CUUUCCUCUCAGUUUCAUUUGAGGAAAGGGAGGACUACAACCCCCUGAAGCAUUCUGGGAUUCGUGCCAUCUGAACUGAAGAUUUUCCAGCUGUUUCCCUGUCGCGGUUCGCGGCAGAUGCGACUCGAGACCGUCUUGGAAGCCCAAUGUUGUCUUCAGCUAUAGGUCAGCUAGGUUACAUGCAUAUUGUGCACGAAUGCCUAUUAUUUAAAUACUAUCAGAACCAUGACUGAUUAUGAGAGAGCAAAUGUGUUUAUAAGGAGGCUAAGAAUGUUGUUUUCUCUCUCUCCCUAGCCACACAGCUGUCUGCAGGACCGCAGGGAUUUUCCAGUUUUUAAAUCGUGCUGCUUAAAAAAAAAAAAAAUGACGCAGUGAAGUGCUAGUGUAGGCUACUUCAAUGCGUUAAACUUUUGCAGACUUUUUGAACUGAGCCUUACCCCUCUUGUCCAAGUGGGUCUGGCUGUUCAUCCAUUCUAACGUAAGCGUAAGGGGAAAUAAGUUACAUUUUAACUUCCCCAACCAGAUUUCUGGCAGACAGUAUAUGAGCAACUUGGGAAUUUGACCGCAUUUCAGACAUUUUUUUUUAGAAUGUGACAUUCAUUUCGCUUUGCGCUCUGAAUUGUCUACCGCGGACAGAAUCAUGGGCAGCGGUGGUAGUAGGGGAAAGAAGGUUGCACCUGCGGCUGUCACAGAAGUAAACGUGUAUCAAGCGGAGAAGGACAGCGCCGAGUGCGAACAGAAAGACGGUGGGUUAUUCAAACCUUUCAAAAUUCAGAAACUAGCCGACUUCAAUAGGUCCUGGAGCAGAGCGCGACCCGACUGCCACAGUGAGGGAAACGACUCCGAAUUUUCAGCCGAGGACGACGAUAUUGAGGUAGAGCUGGAUCGGGUGAUGGCAGAGUAUGAAAACCGGCGGUUUAAUUCCAAAAAGGGCUCACGGAAGAAGUCUUUUGAGAGGAGUAAAACUUACGGAUUUUGUAACACCAGCAGAGCGUACAGUGGAGGCGAUUUCACAUCAGCUCCUCAGUUUCACAGCUCGGAACCACCUGGAAGGACUCGCCACCCUAGUAACACCGGUUCUGUAAGAGCCAGCGACAAGGAACUAUCUACCUUCAACCAGACAUGGCCGAAUACACAUUAUGACCCCAACACCCAUAGCAAAACGUUUCAGGACCCACCGGCGAUUCGAAAAUCUGAGGACCAGGUUCUUGCUGAGGAGAUAGCCCUAGUCCCCGGUUGCUGUGACGCGCCUGACCUUACCCUGCCUGUCAUCCUGUAUAACGGUUCCGAGGAGGAUUUGAUGGAAACAAUCGAAAGGGAAUUCAGCUGAGGGAGGUUACAAGAAAUCUUUCACAAUGCCCCAUUGUAUUUUACUUCUUUAAGGACGAACAAAAAUUACGACUUCUGCAGGGCGGGGGUACUGUGGAAGAUGACAUUAUUGACUAAAAAUGUUUAAAACCGUAUGCGGACGUGCCUGAAAUGAACCUUAUUCAAUAUGUGAACAUGAUUUUAUGAUGAAUUUUAAAUGAACGAAAUGUGUAUCAUGUUCAUGAGUAUGUGAUUCAACUGCAAAGCUUAAAGACUUAUUUCUGUGCACAUACUUCAUACAUGCAUAUAUUAUACAUACAUGUUACCAGGUAAAUGAAAAGGGGAAUGUUGUGUAAGUAAUAAAAUUAAUCAUGCCUCUGUAAAGUUAUUACAAAAUAUUCUAAAGAAAAUAGUGGCUUUGAAUUCUGGCGCACAGCUGGGCAGUUGAGAGCUUUGCUGAGUUUAUCUGCUGGGCACUGUGUUGUCACAACCCAAUGGAGGUCUGGCAGUUUGCCUUUGGAAAGUGUCAGUUGCCACUGGUUACUGUGACUCACCUGUAAGUACCAACACAGUCACAAAGCUGUUUUCUAUCUGUUGCUAUGGUGAUGUGACUAGGCUACUCUUGAGAAUAUUUAACAAGAGCUAGUCACUCCUCUGAGUUAAUCUGGUAAAUGUUUACUUAUUUUCAUAUGGAGUUGGUGUAGUUAUUUCUCUUUGCUGGGGGCAAACAACAUCCUUGAAAUUGUUCUUCAUGACUAUUUUAAUUAUUUGUCAACCAAAAAUAUUUUGUUGAAUAGAACCACAAUUAUUACCUCAGAAAAUGUAAAUAAAUAAAACAGCCAAACUAUUCAAUAUCUUCGUUGGGUUACUUAAAUAAAUAAUAUGUCUGUAUAA